CCCGCCGGGGGGCGGUGGCGGCGGUGCCGGGACGCGGAGCCGCGCUCAGCGCCCCGCGGAGCGGCUCGGCACGGCUCGGCCCCCGGAGCCAUGCCGCUGCCGUGCCGGGGCUGGACGCUGGCUUUGCUCACGCUGCUGGUCGGCUUCCUCAUCUUCGCCGACAUCUCCGAGAUCGAGGAGGAGGAGGGCAGCGGGAGUUCUGGAGGCAGAGGUACAAUCAGAUCAGCUGUGAACAGCUUACAUAGCAAAUCUAAUAGAGCUGAAGUAGUAAUAAAUGACUCUUCGUCUCCAGCUGUUGUUGACAGAAGUAAUGAAAGCAUUAAGCACGACAUUAAACCAGCCUCAUCCAAAUGGAGACACAACCAGACACUCUCUUUGAAGAUCAGGAAACAGAUCUUGAAGUUCCUGGAUGCAGAGAAAGACAUUUCGGUGCUGAAGGGGACGCUGAAGCCGGGGGACAUCAUCCACUACGUCUUUGACAGGGACAGCACCAUGAACGUCUCUCAGAACCUGUACGAGCUGCUGCCCCGCACCUCACCCCUCAAGGGCAAGCAGUUCCCCUCCUGCGCCAUCGUGGGCAACUCAGGGGUCCUGCUCAGCAGUGGCUGCGGCCCCGAGAUCGAUGCACACAGCUUUGUGAUCAGGUGCAACCUGGCCCCCGUCCAGGAGUACUCGCAGGACGUGGGCAUGAAGACGGACCUGGUGACCAUGAACCCGUCGGUCAUCCAGCGAGCCUUCGAGGACCUGGUGAACGAGACGUGGCGGGAGAAGCUGCUGCAGCGCCUGCACAGCCUCAACGGCAGCAUCCUGUGGAUCCCGGCAUUCAUGGCCAAGGGGGGCAAGGAGCGCGUGGAGUGGGUGAACGAGCUCAUCCUGAAGCACCGCAUCAACGUCAGGACUGCCUACCCCUCGCUGCGCCUGCUGCACGCUGUCCGAGGGUACUGGCUGACCAACAAGGUGCACAUCAAGCGACCCACCACCGGCCUCCUCAUGUACACCCUGGCCACUCGCUUCUGCAACCGCAUCCACCUCUACGGCUUCUGGCCCUUCCCCCUGGACCAGAACCAGCACCCGGUCAAGUACCACUACUACGACAGCCUCAAGUACGGCUACACCUCGCAGGCCAGCCCCCACACCAUGCCCUUGGAGUUCAAAGCCUUAAAGACUCUGCACCAGCAGGGAGCCUUGAAGCUGACUGUGGGGGAGUGUGACGGGGCCACCACGUAGGGCGGCCCCCGGCCGCGUUCCUGCAGGCUGCACAACCAGGGCAGGCCGGGGAGGGGGCGGACGGGCCGGGUGCGGCCUGGCGGGGAUGGUUGUCUUUGUCAACGCGCAGAGCAGCGGCACAAAUACAUAUACGUGGUACCUAUAUAUAUUGACCUGAGUAUUAUAACUGUUUGGUGUUCACCAAGGAAGGGGCAGGAGAGGCGCGGGAGUAUCUGGAGCGGCCAGCCCGGGCAAGACCAUGCGCUCGCUGGGCUGGGAGCGGGCGUUCGAGCGACGUCCGAGGCGUGUGGUGGUGACCUUGGUUUUUGAGGGUAUGUUAGGUGAUGGGUGAACGUGAAGCCGUUUGUCGUGACUGGUCCGAGGUUGGUAGUUAGUUUGUUCGGCCAAGACCGCCUGGCGCGCUGCAGCAAGGCACGUUCUUGGCUCCGUGCUUGUGGCGGGGAGGGAAGGGGCAGGGAGCGGGGUGGGCAGGGAAGGUUUGUUGGCGGCUCUCACAGCUGAGGAACACCCAGCGGGACCCGUCCCCUGCCAGCAGGGACCGGUGCCUGGCAGGGCAGCACGCAAAUCUGAUGAGCACAGCCUUUGGAGAGGAGAGGGAGAAGCCUCCAGGAGGCGGUGAAUGAGCUGGGUGGAUGGUUAGAAGGACUCUGAGGAUGAAUUUCUUCAUCCUUUCUUAAGGAGAGAUAUAGAAGGGAAGGAGCAGAGAUGCUGGAACGUGGCAGGAAGGUUUUUUGCUGCAAACCAACGCCAUUAGUAUUAAGUGUCUUACUGUGCCCCGGUCUAAGACACUCAACAUCUGCCAGGGCUCAUGAAAACCAUAAGUACAUCUAACUCUUAAUUCCCAAAAGCUACCUGCUAAGCAGCCUGCCUUCUCUCCCCCUCCAAAAAUAACCUCUGAAAUAUUGGUGAUAGGCCUGAGACCCAGCCAAGCAGAAAGACUGCAGGACUUCAAGGGACUUUGUCAAGUCUAAAUAAUUUAUUUUCACUUCUCCGCAAGGAGCCAGCACACAGCGCUGCAUUACUGAAGUCCUGAUCUAUCCUUUCUUUCAAGCUCCAAUUAGUUGUUGUUCUGAACAGUUAAAUAGGAUGUCAGAUAGCUCUCAAUGGGAUGCUUGCGUAGUAAUGAACGUCAAAGAAAUAAUUAAUCUUUUCCCAUGCCUUUCUGAGAGUACCUAAAAUAUGAAAAAGUUCUUACAACUGUGUUGGCUUUUCUCUAAAUUUUGCAUUCCUUUUUUGAGGGAAGUAACUAGAUUGGUCUGAUUAGCUCAUUUAAUUUUCUGCUUCCAUAACCUCCUUGAUUCAUCUCCUAAUUAGUGCUGGGUGCCAGAGUGCAGGUGAGUCCGGGGUUCAGCAAGUGCAAUUUGGGUUUAAUUUGUGUGCAAGCAAAAUAAUGCACAGCCGAGCCCUGGGCACGCAUCGCGAUGCUUUUGUGGUGAGGUUUCAGCACCUUUGUGCCUCCUCCUACUGCUGUGGUUUUUAAGUUGAAAAGUGUGCGUUUUGGGUCUGAAAUAGUUGACAUUGUUUCUUUAAAAGCAGAGUGCUUCGAGUGGUAAAAGGAAGAGCUCUCUUUCAUGUUUUGGGACGUAGACAGUAUGAUACCCGUAGGAACCUCCAGCCUGCUAAUUAGUGUCAGAUGAAGAUGCCGAAGAUUAAGGUGUAAGCAACAUUAUAGUGGAUAAAAGUGGGCUAAUCUGCCGCCAGGGGGACGUUUCUUUCCAACUCCAGAAAGUGAUUUAUUUUAUGUAUGCCUUUUAAGCCUGUUUUUUCUUUUUUAAUUUUAUUUUUAUUGAGUUUAGUGACAGGAUAAAGUUAAAUCUGGCUGUGAACCUCAGCUUAAGCUGUUGAGGUUUCCUGAGACAGGAGGAGGCAAAGAGUGAAACUGCAAGGUGGAAGUCGUCUGCAGUGCCGAGGAGCAUCCCACGAUUCAGGAGUGGUUGCUAAAUGGGAUGACCCUGGUUUGUCCUGGUACGGAGGAGGGAGAGAUGGGGAUGAAGCCACAGGGCUGCUAAAGCCAACUGAUGUAUUGAGGGGCCUGGGCCACGGUACUGAUCGCUGUUAGCAAACCUUCUUUUUAAAUAAAAAGGCAAGAAAUGAAA